AUGCGCACCUACACUGGUAGGCGACUGCUGCACGGUCUUCUGCGCUAUCGUGACUUUGCUCAUAGGUCGCCGCAACCGCUGCUCACAUCCCUCUCCUCUCCCCAACACGCGCAAGGGGGAGGACUCCCGUGUUGUUCUCUCUCUCUCUUAUUUUCCUCUUUGCUAGCACAGCAGCACAGACGCCGGCACCUUUGCACCCCCCCCCCCCACACACACACACACAUACCUACCCACUCCUUUCUAAUCCACAUGCAGCGUCCCGGCAGCAGCGGCGGGACCAGUGUGAGCUCAUCGCUUCCGUCGCCAUCGCCGGUGUCUGUGCACGAUGCCGACCACACGCACGAUGGAAAACUCGCAUCUGCAUCAUUGCGGCGUCGCGACGAUGGCAGCCGAGCGAGCAGCAGCAGCGCUCGUGCUUCUCACCACACGCUUGAAAAGGGAGAGGGUGCCCGCCGUCGUGUUACUCGACAUAAUUCUCCUGGUGGCAGCGACAAAGCUGACGGCGAUGGCAUAGACAGCACCGAGGACCCCAGCUACACGAGCUACUAUGAAUACAACAGCGACUACGACGAGGAGGAUGCGGAUUGCUUUGACAGCGACAGCUACCGUGACAGCGGCAACGUGGAUGGCUACCGAUCCUCGACGACGGGCUCUCUGCCCCCACAAGAGGAUCUCUUGCGAUUUCUCAGCUACACGCUUGACGAGGCCGCGCUGAAGGAUCAUCGACUCAUGGCGAUCGAAGCUUUCCGUCACAUACUUGUGCUCGGUACGAACCAGGGCACCGUUGCGGUCAUCGAUCCGUCUUCCGGCAAAGUCAAGGAGGUGUACACAAACCAUCACGAGCCGAUCUGCGACGUGGACUGCACCGUCAAUGAGCUCUACAUCGCAGCCUGCGACAAGGCCGGGUACGUCACGAUUCAAAGCCGCCGCGAUGUGAAGGACGUGUGGAUGGCGGAGCUAAGCGGCCCGAUCAACUCCGUCGCUUUGCACCCACUGUACCAUAAGAUGGACAGUUGCCCGAUGUUGUGCGGCGGGGCGACAAAGGUACAUCUCCUCACCAAAGGUUUGCUGUGGAGCAACAGUCGGCGCGUCACGACUCUGCAGGAAGGACGGGGACGCAUUCACAAGGUUCGUUGGUGCCACGCGACCGCGAUCGAUGUCGCCGCGUGGUUAUCGGAUGCGGAGCUCACCCUCUACGACAUAAAGAACCAGGCUGUAGUACGCCGCGUUCCCUUGCCCGGUCUCUCCGCCCAGAAUGCUUUGUACCCGCCCACGCUGCGAUGGGAGUACAAUCUCUCGAGGGACCCGACCGCAGCUGCCAGCCCCACGGCAGCGUUGCUGUCUGGAUGGGGAGACGUGGUGCAGGAGGUUCAGCUGUACGCUGGCUUGCCCGUGCGUCGACAGAGCGGCGGAGGCAUUUUCAGUGCAGGUGGGUCGCCUCGCUCCACCAUGUCGCAAGACGGAUGCCUAAACGCGUCCUCGUCGCUGUCCCCGCUGCGUCAGGCAUCUGACAGUCCUGCUCUGGCCCCAUCGCGACCAUCAACCACCGCUGCUGAUGCGACUGGGCGGGGGCCGUACGUUGUAGAGCUGCGCACGCCACAGCCACUGCGACCGAGCAGUACCUUGUUUCCCUACCGAGUUUGCGGCAUCGCCCCCUAUGGCCCGCAGAGGUACGUGGUGCUGGCAUGCAUCAUCGAGCAUGGUAUGGAGGGAGUGAUGAAGGACUUGGAGGUGCGAGUGGUGGACCGCGGCUCCUUGACAGACAUCUACCGUGGUCGCAUGCCCAUCCGCUUCAUCCACCCAUUGCAGCUUCACCUCACCUAUCUCGAGCUGCUGCCGUCGCUUGCGGCGAGGUCGGCGUCGCUGCGCCAACUCGCCUUGCCACCGGACCCGUUGGCACCGUCUCCCAUGACGCAGUACUUCAUUCUCUCUGUCGACACAAUCGUGAAGGCGAUCCCAUCAGACAUCGAUGACCACGUCGAGUUCCUGCUGCGCACAGGUCAGUUUGAGCGUGCCUACCGGUACGCCGUGGCAUAUGCGCGCCAGCUGCGGCGGCACGUCCUGGAGCAUGUGGGACAGCAGUGGCUCAUGCAUCUUUUUCACAACCGCAACACAGAGGAUGGGGCAUUGCGGAAGAUUGUCGAGCUGCUUCCUGAGCUCAUUCCACGUGACAGCAGCGCUGCAUGGGAGCAGUGGAUCUACCGCCUGGACACAUGUGGUGAGUCAUGGCGGCUCGUCGCGCUCCUGCCAGCUAGCACGGGUGCCUCCGCCGAGUACAGGGUGGGCAGCACGUCCGACGUGGAGGAGGUGGAAGACACACACGUCGAACACGCUUUCGCCAUGACCAGGUCCCUGCCCCCCCCAGUUGCCACCCUGCAGACCCCGAUUCAGCGGGAGUACUACGACCUGGUGCUGCUACGCUGUCUCCGCCACGACCCGAGACUCUUCUACGCUGCGCUACACAAGUUUAACACACUCUUCAGCGUACCCGUCGUACUGAAGGCGACAGAGGUGGCGCAUCGAGAGCAGUGCGCCACCGCCGCCUGGUGGGAGGACAACGACAGCGACGAGGAGGAAGGCGAAACCGAAGGCGAGCAUGGGCAGACGAGGAAGGUAACGGUGUCUGACGCCGGUCCUACACUCAGCGCCGCCAACGCUGAUGAAAGUGGCGUGCAAUCAGUGUCGCCAGCUUCUUCCCUGCCGACCACCCCGCAGGGCACCUCGGCAGAGACGAGCACCACAGGGGCAGCCCCGCAUCCAUCUCAGGUGACCACGUCAGGUGCCGGAGCUACUUCUACCCCGUCAAUGAGCCGCACUUCGCGGUGGUCACUGGCGGCCAGCUACGGUUUCCUCCUCCGCUGUGCAGGUCGGCACGAGGAAGCCCUGCAAGUGUUGCUGCGCUUGCCUGCCUCUCCACGCAGCGAUCGUGAAGUGUUUGGGCUUAUCCGCGACCAGCAGCUUUUCCACAAGGCGCGCGAGCUUCUUCCAGAGUUGCUGCACAGGAGGGAAGGUGCUACACUGCAGCUGCUCAUGGAGCACGUGGCAGGGUCAACGGCCGGCAGCGGCGUGACAAGCGGCGCUGGCGAGGCCGUCGCUACUUCCCCAGCAUUCGUCGCACCAAGUGGUGGCGCCCCAGCAUCUUCGCUGUCUUCGACUGCGUUGCAGUACGGCUCUGCGCAGGACCCACUUUGUGCCGAGUCUGUCAUCAGCCGGCUCGAGCACAGUGAUCGACUGCACUUGCUGCGCUAUCUGAACCUCGUCCAGCAGCUUUACCCGGAGGUGUUCGCUCACAUAGCAAAGCAGCACGCUCAGCUGUUGGCGACCCUCUACAUCGACUACGACCGCUCAUCUCUGCUUCCGUUUCUCAAGCAGAUGUCCAUGUACAUCGAGCGCAUUCGUGAAUUGCACGCGCUCUGCCACAAACACCACUUCCUUGAAGAGGAGAUCUUUCUUCUCUUUCGCAUGGGCCGCGAGGACGAGGCGCUGCGCAUCCUUGUGGAGAAGAUGCACGACCUACCCCGCGCCCUGAGGUUUGUCGUCUCUGUCCCAGACCUUGAGGAGCAGGCGGCGUUGUUCACGCGGCUGGUCGACUACACCGUAGCAUACAACGCGAGCCUGCCAACUUGCAACCUUGACAGCACGAAAGGCGCCACGGGCGGGUUUGGCGUGCGCGUGCGCUACGUGAUACACCAUACAAAGCCAAAUGAGACGUACGCGUCGAUUGCGCAGAAGUACCACGUUGCACUGGGAGACCUGUGCCAGGUGAACGGCGUGUCGAGAGCCUCCGGCGGUGUGGAGAGCUCGAAGAGGCGCAAGAGCAGCAGCACCUCUGUUCAAGGCGAAGGAGAAGGGCAGAGACACGCACCCUGCGAUACCGACGCGGCAGAAAAUUCGCCUGUUCCACCGCCGCAGUGCAUCGUGCCGCUCAACCUCUUUGGCAACCUUUUCGAGACGCUUGCAGAGUCGCAGUUCAUGGAGUAUCCCGCGUUGGAUGUGCGGCACGUUCUUCGGAAGCUUCCGAGCCGUGAGCCCAUCCUGCACGCCGGACCCAGCAUCGCCGCCAUCGCACACGCCAUGGAAGAGGAGGUUGCAUUUUUUUCCACCGUAUCCAAGGUCGGUGAGAAGGACUUGAUGGGCUACUAUGGGCAGCUGCUGAAGCGACGCACCGCAGCAAUUGCGAUGGGUCAACGCCGAGACCUCGCCGUGAGCGGCGCGUCCACCAGCACCGGCGCUGCCACGACGGUCAUGCAUGUAGCGGACGAAUUGUCGGAGGUUUCUGGAGUGGCGCAUCGAUGCGCAGCUUGCUGCCAGCUGGUCAUACAGCGGGUGGUUGUCUUUGCGUGUCAGCACAUAUACCACCCGCACUGUGUACUGCAGUACCUCAAGAAGUCACCGCCGGACGCCUUCAUCGGAGGAGGGGGCGUGGGUUUUGGUGUCCGCGCUGGGGACGCCGUUGCCGUGAUGCACGACGACGCGUCGAUAGCGCUGCCGGUGACAUCCAGUGCGGCGGCAGGAGCGGAGACAACGGAGGAGCAGCUUCGCAAACUGCCAGUCUACUGCCGCGCCUGCCGUCAACACUCCGGAGGGCAGAGCUGA